AGCCCUCGCUUCUUCCCUCAUAGCUCGCCUCCUCGACUCUCUCUCUCUCUCUCUCUCUCUCUCAAAUAAGCAAGGCUACUCGUGGUGUUGCUGAAGCCUUAGAUCUGUUCCAAUGGCAGGCGCUAUGAAUGUAGCCACGGGUGAAGGGAAGGAGUACCCUGGGAAGAUUACUGUCUUUGUCUUCAUGAGCUGUCUCGUGGCCUCCUCCGGAGGCCUCAUCUUCGGCUACGAUAUUGGAAUUUCAGGUGGAGUGACAUCAAUGGAUUCAUUCUUGAGCAAGUUCUUUCCAUCUGUCUAUAGAAAACAGGCCGAAGACUCGAGUACCAACCAAUACUGUGAGUUCAACAGCCAGCUGCUUACCGCUUUCACAUCAUCACUUUACUUGGCAGCUUUACUUGCUUCAUUCUUUGCUUCAACCACAACAAGAGUGUUUGGAAGGAAGUGGUCGAUGCUGGGAGGAGGGCUUACCUUCCUUGUUGGUGCUGUCCUUAAUGGCGCGGCCAAGGAUGUCGCCAUGCUGAUCAUCGGCCGGAUCUUGCUCGGUAUUGGGGUUGGAUUUGCCAACCAGGCGGUACCGCUCUAUCUGUCUGAGAUGGCACCAGCAAGGCUACGCGGAAUGCUUAACAUCGGCUUUCAGCUUAUGAUCACGAUCGGCAUCUUCGUAGCAAACCUCGUCAACUACGGCACCUCCAAGAUCAAGGGUGGGUGGGGUUGGCGCGUCAGCUUGGCGCUCGCCGCCGUCCCUGCGGCCACCAUCGCCAUCGGCUCCUUGCUGCUACCCGACACUCCCAGCUCCCUCAUCGACCGCGGGCACAGCGAGAAGGCCAGGGCCAUGCUCCGUAGGAUUCGCGGCACCAGCGACGUCGAUGCGGAAUACGACGAUCUCGUGUCGGCGAGCGAGGAGUCGAAGCUGAUAAAGCACCCAUGGGCCACCUUGCGGGAGAGGAGAUACCGUCCCCACGUCACCAUGGCCAUUCUCAUUCCCUUCUUCCAGCAGCUGACGGGGAUGAAUAUUAUCAUGUUUUACGCCCCAGUUCUCUUCAAGACCAUCGGCUUCGGUGCUGAUGCCUCUCUUAUGUCUUCCGUCAUCAUUGGCCUUGUGAACGCCUUCGCCACCCUCGUCUCCAUCUUCAGCGUCGACAGGGCUGGUCGCCGUGUCCUCUUCAUCGAGGGUGGUAUUCAGAUGACCGUCUGUCAGAUUAUUAUCGGAGUUCUCAUUGGGAUCAAAUUCGGAACCAGCGGCGUUGCAGUUCUAUCUAAAGGAUAUGCCGCUGCUGUGGUACUCUUCAUUUGUUUCUUUGUCUGUGGGUAUGCCUGGUCUUGGGGCCCAUUGGGAUGGCUCGUUCCUAGCGAGAUUUUUCCUCUGGAGAUUCGUUCCGCAGCACAGAGUAUCACCGUGGCCGUCAACAUGUUAUUCACCUUCGUCAUCGCCCAGAUCUUCCUCCCUCUACUUUGCCACAUGAAGUUUGGUCUCUUCUUUUUCUUUGCCGGCUGGGAACUGCUUAUGACCAUCUUUAUUGCUAUGUUCCUACCUGAAACCAAGAACGUGCCUAUCGAGGAGAUGAACACCGUUUGGAAGAAGCAUUGGUACUGGUCCAAGUAUGUCGACGAGGCAUCAAAGGGCUCUUCUGUGGAAUGAUCAUUCUAUAUAGUAGAUUAACCUGUGGUCGCAUUUGAACCUGGGAAAAUACCAGUCAGAAGUCUUCAUUGGGUCUCUCAGUAAUUCAUUAAGGUUGUAGGGAUUGCUGAUUUCUUUUUCCUUUUUCUUUAUUGAUGUCAGAUCGAUAAAUUUUUAGGUUUUUCGUGGACCAUGAUUGUUUAUAGGUUAGCAUUCAGAGUAUUUGUGUAAUGAUGGCCAAUUGUAACGGCCAUCUGUUUUUAAUCUCUAAUUGAUAUUAUUUCAAGGUCAAUUAGUUGAUUGUUGACGAACAUUGCCUCGUUUGAUAGGACAGAACAAGGUCGUGUAAAUGAAAACUGACAUGAACAUGGGUACAAGAAUUGUGAUCAAGAACAACUAGAACUAAUAUAUCUAACUUCUCCAUUUAGCUUCCAUCAGUUUUAAAUGUUUAUUUAAACAAUCAGUUAAUUUGUAUCUAUUGAACAAUUAUAUAAUCCUAUUAAAUCAUGCCCAAGAAGAAUCUUAAAUCUUAGCCUCCUCCACUCUCUUCUCCUUCUACUCGUCUUCAUUCCUUGUUAUUCCAUUUUGCUUGAUGCACAUUUCUUCUUAUUUCAUUUCGUUCUCUCUUGAAUCUGGCUUUGAUCAUGAAGAAACGUAAAUCAUGUCCUAACCUCUGGAAGAUGAUAAUGGUCUACCAAUGUGAACUUGUAUAGUUUUUAGUUUUCCAGGACUCCCAUCCAUGGGUUAACUCACCCCAUUUUGAUCUCAGAUUUUGCUUAAAAAAUGGAGGGAAAUAAAUAUAAUAGCCAAUGAUGCAACAGUUAAUUACCUCACCUCUCCUGAUUCUUUACAAACACGUUUUUGGAUGAAUAUUUUCCUCCUUGCAGCGGAGUGGCUUUGUCUUCCAUUAACGCAUGCUCCACAAGUGGUUAUGCUGACGAUAUGUAGCUGUUUGCAAUGCCUCAGACUAUGGAUGCACAUUUCGUUUAUUAGAAAUUCCACCAAGAUAGUUUGAAACAGAAAUAGUUGUGAGAAAUGAGAGAGAUCGAUCUGCAGUAUUACAGCUGCAAUACUGGAUUUUACAAAUUUGACCAGAUUUUCCCUUUCUUUUUCUUUUGGAGAACAAGCUCCUUUUCCAAAGUUUCAAGACGACCAAAGUGAAACCUUAAGAUUAUCAUUUAAAUCAUAGCCGAAACUUCGUAAGACCUCAAAGUAUUGCGACUUCAUAAGAAUUGACCAUCAUGCUGCACAUGAUCAAAAGGGCCAGUUUCCUGAUUCAAAUAGUGGUGGUUGUUAACAAUAUAUUACAGUAAACCAAAUACUCUGAAUUUAAACAGUAGUCUCACCACCUCGAAACCCAAGGUGAGGCUCCACACUAGUUAUUGCCUCUAAUCACAUUCACUAGGGCUAUUUCCUAAAGCCAUGGUUAAUUGUAAGAGAUCGCCUAGGGCCAGCUCCAUGAAUAACAUAAAGAACGGCGAUUGAGUUCCUGAUGUUGAAUUUUAUGCUAAUAAAUUUAAACAUCCAGUAAAUCCAGGCCCAACCCUAGAUACUGCAAUUUUAUCAGGUUCUGCUAACCAUAGAAACGUUUGAUUUCAAAAGAUCUCAAAAGAUGCCUGGUAAUAUGGAAAACUGAGAAAGAAUAUGACCAAACCAAAAUGUACAUCCAAUUAGUUGCACAUACAAGAACAUGAGUUUACAUGCCUACUGAGAAAAUGGUUAGCCGUACAGUUUAAAAUAUUGAUACUGCAGUCCAAAUCCAAAGAUCAUAUGGUCAUUGGCAGAAUUUUUUGAGUUGCAACCUGAGGCUUGAUCUCCCACGAAGCCAUUUGAUCAGCCUCUUCAGGCAGGAUGAAAGGCAAUGAGAUCUCCCGGAUCAUUAGGUCCCCACAGAAUGGGCACUCACUGG